UCGAUGCCGUCAGCCUUGGCCAUCUUCACUUGUCGCCCGAACUCACACCCGUUUCAGGAGCGUCAUGUCUACCUGGACGAGCCUAUUAAAAUCGGCCGCUCGGUGGCCCGGUGUCGACCAGCACAGAAUAAUGCUACCUUUGAUUGCAAAGUGCUGUCAAGGAACCAUGCUCUCGUCUGGUUUGAUCACAAGACAGGCAAGUUUUAUCUCCAAGACACUAAAAGUAGUAAUGGUACCUUUAUAAAUAGUCAGAGAUUGAGUCGAGGCUCUGAAGAAAGUCCACCAUGUGAAAUUCUUUCCGGUGACAUUAUCCAGUUUGGGGUAGAUGUGACGGAGAACACACGGAAAGGUACGGUUACCCAUGGGUGUAUUGUUUCCACAAUAAAACUUUUUCUACCAGAUGGUAUGGAAGCCCGGCUCCGCUCAGAUGUCAUCCAUGCUCCAUUACCAAGUCCUGUUGACAAAGUUGCUGCUAACACUCCAAGUAUGUACUCUCAGGAACUAUUCCAGCUUUCUCAGUAUCUUCAGGAGGCCUUACAUCGGGAACAGAUGUUGGAACAGAAGUUAGCCACGCUUCAGCGGCUACUAGCCAUCACCCAGGAGGCUUCAGAUACCAGUUGGCAGGCUUUAAUAGAUGAAGAUAGACUCUUAUCACGGUUAGAAGUUAUGGGAAACCAAUUACAGGCUUGCUCCAAAAAUCAAACAGAAGAUAGUUUACGGAAGGAACUUAUAGCAUUACAGGAGGAUAAACACAACUAUGAGACGACAGCCAAAGAGUCCCUGAGGCGGGUUCUUCAGGAGAAAAUUGAAGUGGUUAGAAAACUUUCAGAAGUUGAGCGAAGUCUGAGUAAUACUGAAGAUGAAUGUACCCACCUGAAAGAAAUGAAUGAACGGACUCAGGAAGAAUUAAGAGAAUUAGCCAAUAAAUAUAAUGGAGCAGUUAAUGAGAUUAAAGAUUUAUCUGAUAAAUUAAAGGUAGCAGAGGGAAAACAAGAGGAAAUCCAACAGAAGGGACAAGCUGAGAAAAAAGAAUUACAACAUAAAAUAGAUGAAAUGGAAGAAAAAGAACAGGAGCUCCAGGCAAAAAUAGAAGCUUUGCAAGCUGAUAAUGACUUCACCAAUGAAAGGCUAACAGCUUUACAAGUACGGUUAGAACAUCUUCAAGAGAAAACUCUUAAAGAAUGCAGCAGCUUAGGGACACAAGUUGAUGACUUCUUACCUAAAAUAAAUGGGAGCACAGAAAAAGAGCACUUGCUUUCAAAGAGUGGCGGGGACUGCACUUUUAUUCAUCAAUUCAUAGAAUGCCAGAAGAAGCUGAUCGUCGAGGGGCAUCUAACCAAAGUGGUAGAAGAAACAAAGCUUUCAAAAGAGAACCAGGCAAGAGCAAAGGAAUCUGAUUUAUCAGAUACCCUGAGUCCAAGCAAGGAGAAAAGUAGUGACGACACUACAGACGCCCAAAUGGAUGAGCAAGACCUAAAUGAACCCUUUGCUAAAGUGUCCCUAUUAAAAGAUGACUUGCAGGGUGCACAGUCAGAAAUUGAGGCAAAACAAGAAAUUCAGCAUCUUCGGAAGGAAUUGAUUGAAGCCCAGGAACUAGCUAGAGCAAGUAAACAAAAAUGCUUUGAACUUCAAGCUCUUUUGGAAGAAGAAAGAAAAGCCUAUCGAAAUCAAGUUGAGGAAUCCAGUAAACAAAUACAGGUUCUUCAAGCCCAACUGCAGAGGUUACACAUCAAUAUUGAGAAUCUCCGGGAGGAGAAGGAUAGUGAAAUCACCGGCACUCGAGAUGAAUUGCUUAGUGCCCGAGAUGAAAUUUUACUCCUUCAUCAAGCAGCAGAAAAGGCUGCCUCUGAGCGGGACACUGACAUUGCUUCUCUACAAGAAGAGCUUAAGAAAGUGCGAGCCGAGCUUGAGCGGUGGCGGAAAGCAGCAUCUGAAUAUGAGAAAGAAAUCAUGAGUUUGCAAAAUACUUUUCAGCUUCGAUGUCAGCAAUGUGAGGACCAGCAGAGAGAAGAAGCAACGAGGCUACAAGGUGAACUAGAGAAGUUGAGAAAGGAAUGGAAUGUAUUGGAAGCCGAAUGCCGUUCUCUAAAAAAGGAAAACGUUUUGCUAUCAUCAGAACUGCAGCGGCAAGAAAAAGAAUUGCACAAUUCUCAGAAGCAGAGUUUAGAGCUUACCAGUGAUCUCAGCAUCCUGCAGAUGACUAGGAAAGAGCUUGAGAAUCAAGUGGGAUCCUUGAAAGAACAGCAUCUUCGGGAUUCAGCUGAUUUAAAAACUCUUCUCAGUAAGGCUGAAAACCAAGCAAAGGAUGUACAGAAAGAGUAUGAAAAGACACAGACUGUACUCUCAGAACUGAAGUUGAAGUUUGAAAUGACUGAGCAGGAAAAACAAUCAAUCACAGAUGAGCUCAAACAAUGUAAAGACAACCUGAAGCUGCUCCGAGAGAAAGGAAAUAAUCCUUCCAUAUUACAACCCGUCCCAGCCGUAUUCAUCGGCCUAUUCCUGGCUUUCCUGUUUUGGUGUUUCGGUCCAUUGUGGUAGAGAAAGAAACCCUGGCCCUGGAUGCCCAUGUUGGCUGCCCUGGUUGCGGUGACAGCCAUCGUGCUGUACGUGCCAGGUCUGGCCAGAGCUUCUCCAUGAGAGCGUUUCUUGAGUCCGUACACCGUCCUCCCUCUAGAAGCUGGCACCACACUCAUGCUGGGGACAAACCAGAACCAUUUUCUUCCUUUUUACCUCUUAAAACAGCAGAAGUGCAAGAAUACAGCUGUAGGGUCAUUGCUUUAAAUUAUAUAAAAUGUAUCUGUCUAUAAAGAGGAUAUAAAAUUGUGACUUUAUUCUACUGUAAGCAAUAAUUUGCUUGCAAUUUUUCAUGUAAUUUUUAAAUUAGUAUGUUGAAAUUCUGAAUAUUAUGGUGGCCUAAAGUAGGCUUCUUGGUACACCAAAUUAUUUAUAACAUUAAAUUUAUGGGUAUUUUACUCUGAAUUCUAAUGGCCAGAUAACUCAUUUUUUUUGAUUCGAUAACUACCCAAACCAAACAACUGAUACAUACAUGGGAAGAGAGGCCCUGUGUGCUCAGUGCCUAUCAGUUUGAAUAUAUACACAUAUAUAUAUAUAUUUUUUACAUAUUUACGCCAUUUUUACUUGUUAUAAAACCACUGAGCUAUUGGGAACAAGACUUAGAGACAACUAUUUGCGUGGAUUUUUUUUUUUUUUUUUUAAGGAGAAAUACACUUGGAAAAUACUCUGUUCUAGUGAUAAUUUGGGGAAUAUAUGCACGUUUGUUCAGCCUUAAUGUGACUUGAUGAUGUGGAGGACAUCAACUUUGAAAAACUUUCCAUGAGAGUGUGUAUUUUCUUGAGCAAACUGAAGUAUUUCUGGGAGCAAAAACAUAGUAAUUAUACAGUUUCAGUGCAGUAAACCAAACUGUUGAGUCAAUUGGAAUGUAAUUUAUUAAACCUCAUGUAUUUAAAGAGAUAUUUUCUUUAAAAGCCAAGUUACUUUCUCAUAUACAGCAUUUUAGGAAGCAUGACUUUUUUUUUCCUAUCAUCUCUUCCUCCAAGCAUGUUUAAUUGAAGAAAGAAUUAAUAUCUCUUUAGAUAAGCUUUUACUGACUUAAUUUGGUUAAUGAUAUUUCAAAGCUAAUUCAUGUUCGAGGUGAGCUGUUGUUACCUACCAACAGAUUUCCUGGUUGGGGAGGCAAAUGGUCAUUUUCUUUUUAUUGUUGUUAAUUGGGACGUUCUGUUAAUGAGAAGCACUAUUCCCAAGAUUAAUAGUGUUCCAUGCACAGUAAAGCACCUAAACACUGCUUGAUGUUACAAAUUUAAAACACGGAAGUGAAGGUUUAGCUAUGGUUUUUGUGCGGCACCACAGUUAUGUCAAUGAAGUUUAUAUAGGUCAUAGAAUAUCCUAAAGUAUCACAUAGUUAAAUUUUUCAGUCAGUGAAAACUGACAGGGAAUGUCAGUGAAUUGGCUUGAAUGUUCUGUGGCAAUCCACAGGCCUAGCCGAAUAUUGAAAUAGAAGUUUAGGAUAUAAUUUGCCUUGUAAUGUUUGGCAGUCAUUGUUUAUACUUUAAAGGUUAUAUUUUAAGCCAUUUGGGGUUUGCUGUUGGGAGGAUCACUAGAUUUAUGGAGGAAUUAGUCACAAAUGACUUGUAGAAAAUACUGUCAUAUAGUUCAUUUCAUCAUUUUCUGUUGCAGGAAGCCACUCCACCACAGAAUGCUAAUAUGCCAGUGGUACCCAGUACCUCCUGUAUAUAGGUUAUUGCAAAUAUUGUUCUGAAAUGCUUAACUUCAGAAUUACAUUUUUUAAAGUAAAUAAUUGUUUUAAAUCUAUUUUGUAAAGAUAUAAAGUACAAUAGAAUUUCUGGAGUACAGAUUAAACUAUUUGCACUAACACACGUGAUGUGCAUGAUUUAAUAAAAUAACCUUACUCUCCCUAUGCAUUUUUGAGUUGGAUAUCAUUGAAAUUCUUCGUACUGACUCUACUAUUGUAUUGUUAAUAGUCUUUUCAUGAAAUGACUCUUUAUGCAACAUAAUGUACGUUGGGUGUUCUUCAGGGUUUAAAAGAAAACACUGAGCUGUUUCCUCCAGGUUUUAUUAGCCUUUUAUUUAACUUACUGCUCUAAUUUUUUUCCCUUUUACUAUGGUUAUUGUUAAAACGUGACUCACUUGCCAGACAAGUCUCUUUAAAUGUAAAGUCUAGCAUCAAUAUUUACUUUAUUCAAAUUGAAUAAAUGGGUUUUUGUAGUGAACUGCCAGUUUUUCUUAAGAAUAUAAACGAGCCUAUUCAUAAGCAGUACCCCCAGUUUUGUUCAGUUUACUUUCAGGUUAAAUAAAGAGUAGGGGGCUUCCCUGGUGGCGCAGUGGUUGAGAGUCCGCCUGCCAAUGCAGGGGACAUGGGUUUGUGCCCCGGUCCGGGAAGAUCCCACAUGCCGGUGAGCCAUGGCCACUGAGCCUGCGCAUCCAGAGCCCGUGCUCCGCAACGGGAGAGGCCACAGCAGUGAGAGGCCCGCGUACCGCAAAAAAAAAAAAAAAAAGAAUUGAACAACCCUAUAACACAUUUAAAAAUUAUAUUAAGGUGCCACGUGGCUGGGUCAGAAAAUGAAAAGAACGUGGUGUUUAAAGCUAAAACAUCCGUAUUGGCAUACUGGCUCUGCCUUAGGCAAAUCAUUUGUCUUCUCUGAGUCUCUACUUCCUCAUCUAUAAAAUGGAGAGAAUAAUAUCUCUAUUUUUAGUGGUAGUAUGAAAAUUUUAAAAAUAAUGUAUGUGAAGUGUCAAGUGGUCAAUAAAUACUGCAAAUAUUUAAGUUUUAGGUGAACCAGUACAGCUAUUUAAAGUGAAUUGAUUGACUCAACUGUUGAGACUUUCUGUGUGAAUGAGAUAGAACUGCAGUGGAAUGACUCCUAAGAAAGCAUCCAGCUCUGUUCAUCCCUUUUAUAGUUGUGUCUUUAGGAAGUAAUAUGCUUAGUUUGAAAAUGAGCCAAUUGCUUACAACAGUUUGGAAUUCCUGUUGUGCCUGCCUUCAAGAGCAAUUCCAAGUCACAUAUGAAAACCAGUCACACUGCUGCAUAAUCAGAGGCUUUCAACUAAAAAUAGUAUUGCCUAGCUUGAUCUCACUUCAAUCACCAGACUUGACCCCCAGUGACUUUUGGCUGCUUCCAGUGAUUACAUCUACUAUCAAAAGGAUGGAAAUCUGUUACCAAAGAGGAAAAAAACUGCAUACAAGUCAACUGUGUUAAAACUGUACAGCCUUCCUCCCAAAAAAUUCACGUCUGAAAGUUUAUUCUGAGGGCAUAAUUGUGUGUUCAAAAUUUUAAUUACCAGGACAUUUAGUGUAGCAUUUUUCUGUAAUAGUGUUGGGUAAACAACCUAACUAUCCAGCAGUGGGUCAUCGGUUAAAUAAAUUAAUAUUGCCACGCUACAGAUUGCUGUGCUUGCAGAGUAUGUGGGGAUAUAUUCAUACUAUAUUAAGAAAGAGGUUACCAGUGUAGAAUAACCUUGGUUUUAUAAAGAAAAAAAUGUAGACAUACAGGAUGUUUAUAGCAGGAGGACUCAGAACGAUUUUUUAUCCAGGCUACACUAGUGCUUCUAUCUGUAUGAUUGAGGGUCAAUUCUGUUCCCUUUUUAUGAUUUCUGAUUUAUUUUUAGUGGUAAAUAUAUGUUGCUUUUGUAAAUUAAAAAGCUAUUUGGUUUUGCUUUAAAUUAGAAACAAGCAGAAUUCUAAGUUGCUUUUUGUAAUUGAAUGAGUACCUUGUCGAAGUACCUACGUUUAA